AUGAAGCGAACUCGAUCUCAAACCAAAUCCAAUUCGACCCCAAACAACGACCCAAAACCCCCAACCAAAACCCUAAUUUCUUCAAAAAUCCCAUUCACCGUUAAAAAAAUCCCCAACCUCACCCUCAAAAACAAAAAACCAAAUCUUCAUCUUCCCACACCGCCACCAUCAACAACAACAAUUGCAAAACCAUUAUCAUCCCACGGCGAAAUCGAAUCUGCCCUCAACCACCUUCACUCCGCCGACCCACUCCUCUCAACUAUCAUCAACACUUUCCCUUCUCCACAACUCUCAACCAACACCACACCCUUCUUAUCUCUCAUCAAAACCCUAAUCUCCCAACAAAUCUCCACCAAAUCCGCAUCUUCAAUCGAAAACCGUUUCAUCUCUCUCUUUGGUCACCCAUCUUCAAUCCUCCCCGACGCCGUUUUAUCCCUUUCUCCAACCCACCUUCGUCAGAUAGGAAUCUCGGGACCGAAAGCAACCUACAUUCACGACCUUUCCACCAAGUACGCCAAUGGGUUUCUGUCUGAUUCAUCAAUAAUCGAAAUGGACGAUGAAACACUCUACGAGAAACUAACAUCGGUUAAGGGAAUUGGACCUUGGUCGGUUCAUAUGUUUAUGAUUUUCACACUUCAUCGUCCUGAUGUUUUGCCUGUUGGGGAUCUUGGUGUGAGGAAAGGUGUGCAAAAGUUGUAUGGUCUUAAGGGUUUGCCUUCGCCUUCACAAAUGGAGGUUUUAUGUCAUAAAUGGAAGCCUUAUAGGUCGGUUGGAACUUGGUAUAUGUAUAAGUUGGUGGAAGCUAAAGGGGUUUUGCCAAAUCCCACUACCGUGUUGUGUUAA